UUUACCAACACCGUCUAAAACACGCUCUAGCGCAUUUUUCUGAGAAAUUAAACUACUCGUAUUAGACAUUUGAUAUAUUAUUUAACUCCAGUGAACAUAACUUCAGUUUGAUGGUUUUGCUUUACCACGUAUUGACGAAAAACCAUCUUUUUUUGUUUGUAGAGUUGUUUGUAUGUUCCGUCUAAUUGUCAAAUUUUAUUUUGCCGCGCGGUUACUUAUAAAUUGAAAGUAUAUCGUUGAGUUUCUAUACUUAACAAAUAUAACGAAUAAAAAAACAUUCAUUGACAAACCAUGGUGUUACGUUUGAUGGACAAUUCAUUAAGCUUCAUCUUACGCUUGUGGCGAGUAACCCAAAUCUUCGCCAGGAAAUUCAGACUCAGAUUCAACCGAUCUUUGACUUUCGGCAAAGCCCAGGAGGAGUCCCCUAAAUCUGUUGUUCCGUUGAGCGUGAAUUACCACUUCACAAGACAGUGUAAUUACUCCUGUGGGUUUUGCUUUCACACCGCCCUGACUUCUUUUGUUCUUCCGAUCGAAAAGGCGAAGCUUGGCUUAAAGCUACUGAGUGAUGCGGGCAUGAUCAAAGUGAACUUUUCGGGCGGCGAGCCUUUCCUCCACCAACGUGGAAUAUUCCUGGGGGAACUGGUGAAGUACUGCAAGGAGGAGCUAUACCUGGACUCAGUGACGGUGGUAACGAAUGGCAGUAGAGUCACUAGGAAGUGGUUUGAGGACUACGGGACCUAUCUGGACAUUAUGGCGGUGUCUUGUGAUUCUUUUGACGAGGAGGUUAAUGAGAAAAUCGGGAGACAUGCAAAGGGUAAAUCGCACCUGGACAGUCUGCGUCGGAUCCGCGCUUGGUGUCGCGAAUACCAAGUUCUGUUCAAACUCAACACAGUGGUGAACACAUAUAAUGUGGGUGAAAAUAUGUGUGAACAAGUUCAGGAAUUGCAACCCUGCAGAUGGAAGGUGUUCCAAUGUCUGAGUAUUGAUGAGGAGAAUCAAGGGCAAAAUGCUCUCAGACAGGUGGAGCCAUUUCUAAUCACGUCUGAUCAAUUCCAAUCAUUCCUCAAACGUCACGAAUCAGUCUCAACUUUAGUUCCUGAAUCCAACCUUGCAAUGCGCAACUCAUACUUCAUCCUGGACGAGUUCAUGCGUUUCCUCGACAACACUUCGGGAUGUAAGAAACCCUCGCCCUCCAUUCUUGACGUCGGAGUAAAAGAGGCUCUAAAAUUCAGCGGCUUUGAUGAACAAAUGUUUUUCAAGCGCGGCGGGAAAUACAACUGGUCAAAAUCUGACGCUAAUCUUGAAUGGUGAUAUAUUUUAGUUCAGACUUUUGGAGACAGGAUGGAUAUUUUGUCCUCGAUAUAGUUUUUCUUCUGACUGACUAAGUGCGACUUCUUAGCUAAAUGUUUGUAAGAAAUUUUUAUCAAUCUAAAAAAUAUCAAUGCACUGAGCUGAAAAUUAAAAAAAAAACAUUUUAGAUCCUCUAUUGUUCAGCAU